GCGGCGUCACGUGCGGCGGGGCGAUGGCGGCGGCGGCGCCGUUCAACGGCCGGCGGCGCCGGUGAGGGGUGGCAGCGGCGGCGGCGGGGACGGGGCCAUGGAGGUGUACAUCCCCUCCUUCCGCCACGAGGAGAGCGAGCUGGAGCGGGGGUACACGGUCUUUAAAAUAGAGGUGCUAGUGAGUGGAAGGAAACAUUUUGUGGAGAAGAGGUAUAGUGAAUUCCAUGCCCUUCAUAAAAAGCUCAAGAAGUUCAUAAGGACUCCAGAGAUCCCUUCAAAGCAUGUGAGGAACUGGGUCCCAAAGGUCCUGGAGCAGAGGCGGCAAGGCUUAGAGUUGUACUUGCAGACAGUCAUUUUAGAAAAUGAAGAGCUUCCUAAAAUAUUUCUUGAUUUCCUGAACGUUCGACAUGUACCUACCCUGCCAAAAGCAGAAAGUUGUGGCUCUUUUGAUGAAACAGAAUCUGAAGAAUCAAGCAAACUGUCCCACCAGCCUGUGCUGCUGUUCCUAAGGGAUCCAUAUGUCUUGCCUAAAGCCAACGAUGACUUUCCUAAUGUAGUUAUAGAAGGCAUCCUACAUGGAAUAUUUUAUCCUCAUUUACUGCCAAGGUAGAAGGGAUACGUGGCUAGAAGAAGCUGAAUCAAGUCUCCGAGUCAUGCUUAAUGAUACUAGUAAGAAUAAGGUUCUGUAAUGUGAUAAUUACAUUCAAAAUCAAGAGGCACAACCUCAGCUUCAGUUCAAGCAUUAUAUCUCUUUAAAUAAAAUCAAUGUCACUACAGUUGCUGCUUUUAAGGAAAAAAAAAGAUAUGGAAACAACAGUAUAGAAGUUAUUUAUACCUUAUAUGUAGACAUGCUCUAACUAUUUAACACUAAAAGCUGAAAGUCAUACACUGAAUUACACUACCCUUUGAAAAUAAUUACUUUUUAAUCAUUUCUAUCAUAAAUUACACUAAACUUUUUUGUACCUGGAUUUUUCCCAGCACAUGUACCCAUUGCUGGCAGUGGAUGGAUUGAAAGUGCUGGCACUGAAGAGAGCGCAUGAGAAAGUGGAGGGGAAAAAAAAAAGGCAAGAAAAAAUUGAAAACAUCUUAUUUUGUUCAUUUUUCUUAACUUAUUUUGAAUCUGCUCCUUAAUAUUAGGUUGGAAAAGAGCCAAUGCAGGUGUAUGGAGAGUUUCUAUUAGAAAACACGCUUCCAAUUCUGUAAUGCAUAGCUCUCUUUCAGGAAAUUGUCUGGAUUUUAGUCAAAAUGAUUUUAUUGACCAGGUGAUUUUACAUGGCAUUUAUGCAUCUCAUUUCGUUAUAACAAAUAACGUAUGUAUGUUUACUCUUUGAGUUGACUUGCAGACUGUAUUCCAUAUCUUAACAUUUUAUGAGUCACAAAGCGUGCAGCUCUGUGGUAAGCUAAUGCAAGACUAUGAUUAAUUAGUAACACGAUAAAACAUAUAUAUACAUUUACUUGUGUAUAUAUGUAUUUGUUCAGAUUUAACUGGAAAUUGUAUGUGUGAUACUGGAGUUUACCAAAUAAAUUACUUAGAACU